AGCAUUUGGUCCAUCCGAGACGCUGUAGAGGUGCCGCUAGCUUAGGCUACCACUUAGCACUACUAGCUUAGCAUUCUUCGGACGAAAUAAGUCUGUCUCGCGAAACCACGCUGGGGUCAUGUUUCCCACGUCAAGAUGACCACAAACUUAUGACUGACACCGAAGCUCCCUUUUAACUUCUCAAGGUGACACCCAGGGGGACUCAUGCUUUCCGAUGAGCUCGACUCCAAACCAGAGCUGCUGGUGCAGUUUGUUCAGAACGCAUCCAUCCCGCUGGUGCAGGGUUUGGAGGAGACCGAGACCAAACACCCAUGCCUGCCACUGCUGACACCGGUUGGCAGCUCACUGUGUGGACACCUGCAGCUCACAGAUGGCACGCUGAGCCCCCCACCGGAAAGUUCGUCAUUGUCGGAGCUGCAAGGUGUAUCGGAACGAAGCCCACUUGUGGUUCAGCAGAUGCACGUCGCGCACCCACGGGCUUCACCCAGCCCGCCACCCAUCCUCCAUGACCUGCAGCAGUCGGAUGGCACCUCCUACGUCCUGCUCAACCUGGCAAAGGGCAUCACGGCCUCAUCCGAGUCCCUCAUAUUCGCCGCGGACGGAACAGCCGACGACGAAGACGUGUCGUCGGUGGACUACGGCCUGGAAGGCAGCGCCCCCUGGUACCUGCGGGUCCAGGAAUUAGCCCACGACAGCCUGAUCGCAGCCACGCGUGCGCAAUUGGCACGCGACGCCAAGGCCAGUCAGGACGCCAGAGCGGCCACCGCCGCCAACGGCGACCACACGCACGUUUCACCGUCAGAAGCCGCCGAGCGACAGGCGACGGCACCGGUACCUGUAACGCUGCCGUCGCCUCCGCCGCCUCGGACCGGGCGCCCCCUCGCCACCAGGCAGAUCCUCCGCUGUUCUUUCGAUGGCUGCUGCAGAACCUUCACGUGGCCAGCUCACCUCAAGUAUCACCUCAAAACGCACAGGAACGACCGCAUGUUCCGCUGCGUGGCGGAAGGCUGCGGUAAGAGCUUCUACGUCCUCCAGCGUCUCCAGGUUCACAUGAGGACGCACAGCGGCGACAAACCUUUCGUAUGCAAGGAGAACAAUUGCGGAAAGAAGUUCACCACGGCCGGAAACCUCAAGAACCACAGACGCGUUCACACCGGAGAGAAGCCUUUCGUGUGUGAAGCAGAUGGUUGUGGGCGCUCCUUUGCCGAGUAUUCCAGUCUGAGAAAACACAUGCUCGUACAUUCUGGAGAGAAGCCUCACCACUGCGGGAUCUGCGGGAAGACCUUCUCUCAAUCCGGAAGCAGGAACGUCCAUAUAAAGAGACGCCACGGGGAAGAAGGUCUUGUGGCAGAAAGCAGGGAAACAGGAGAGGCGUUAACACGCAGCAGCCUUUUGGAGGCCGACAGUGAGAACGCGACUAGCCUGGAUGCCGUCAAUCUCCAUCACGCUAUGCUCAGGUCGCAAGGUCCGGAAGACUCUGUGACCGUUCUGUCUCCUCCACACCAACUGGUCACCAUGACGACAGAGGGCGCCACCUACGGAGAUGUGGUGGCGCUGCUGUAAAACUGAAUUGAAUUGAGACCUGUAUAUAUUUCAUAAGAAGGUUGAUUGUCUUUUCGGGGGAAAGUGUAAAAUUAUAACAUUUAUGUAAAGUCCCAAAGAAGAUACAAGACGGGUUUAUGGAAAAAUAACAUUUAUGUUGUUACCUCUGCAAACAUGUUCAUAUUACAUACAAAGAGUCAUGAACAUUUUCACACGCUCCGCCUCAUCCACCUCCUCGCUCUCUUAGGUGUAUGUGGAGGUUUUUAAAGUGGUCCAAGGUGGCACCCAAAGCCCAACUUGCCUCCACGUUGUUCACUUUCUUGCUCAGCUACAAACAAAACAUAACCAAAUAACUCAAAUGCCUUUUUGUAUUUAUUCAAAUAAAAACCAAAAAAAAGUUUUUUAGAAUUUAUUUGUGCUAUAUAUUUUAUUACCCUAUUUUCUGUACUAUAAGGCGCAUCUUCAAUGAAUGGCACAUUUUAAAACUAUAUGUACGUAUAGUAUAGAGUUUAUAGGGCACACUGCAUUAUACGGCACAGUAGUAGUAGUAGUAGUAGUAGGAAUACGAGUGGUCGGGGUUGCAUUAUUCAUCCACUAGAUGGAGCUACGCGAAAGGGAAUGUUAUGCCAUGAAUAAACAAUAUUGGAUUAAAAGGUGUACAUUCGGCUUUUGAGAAAAUUGAAGGCUUUUAGAUGCACCAUAUACUGAGGAAAAUACGGUUAUUAGUUGGCCCCAUUUAAUUCUUUUCUUACCUUUUCAUCUAAUGAUAAUGCUCCAAAAUCAUAAUUUUCUUCCAUUUUACUUCUGAGUUUAAACAUUUUUAUAAAUACUAGUAUAUAUAUAUUUUUUUACAUUUUCUUUUUCCAAACUUGAGUCCUCAGUUUCCACUUUAAUUUUGAGGUCUUGUUUCCCCAACACAUUCUUUUCAUUAUUAGGCUCGAGCGUAUGACGUGGCACUCGCGAGGUUUCCGCCCCUAUCGCCAUGUUGGAAGCAGGAAGUUCGAUGUCAGAACUCCGGGAAACAAACAGUGAGGCAUUUCGACUCAGGUCGCUCUUUAAAAAUGAUUGGAAAUUAUUGUUCGGUAAAGAAUUGCAACAACCGAUCGAAUAGAAAGGGGAAUGUACAGCUCGACGGAAUCCCACUGAGUUUCUUCCGGAUCCCUACAUGGAGAAAAGGCGAGGGAAAACUCAUAUCUGAACUUACCAAACGUCGAAGAAUGGCAUGGGUGGCCUCGAUCAGAAGGAAGGGCAUAACGUUUGAUUCUCCAGUUACAUAGUUUGCUCUAUGCACUUCCACUCUGGCAAGUUAAUUUCGAAACCUUUAUGCCCUAAAUCGGCCUGUUGUUAGCUAUAGCUACAGCUAAACAACUAGCAUGCAUACAUGUGCAUUGUCUUCAUAAGACAUAAUGCCUGUCGUUUCUAAAUGAAAAAGCUAUAACAUGUUGACAUGAGAUCGUGGCAAAGAAUUUGUACACAGGCUACAUUGUCUGCAACAAAUCUGUUUUCUAAAACACAGCAUUGAUUUGUCACUUAACUAUCACAGCUCAGCACAGCACAAACUCGGAUGUUCAUGACAAUGAAAAUGUAAACACACAUUGCCUACCUUUGCAAGAACGAUGGUGUUGCCGUUUGCUACGGUCACAAUGUGCAGGUCCUGCAC